GACGUCACAUACCUUCAAAUCCUUCAGACGCCACACACUGUCCUACCAGCUCCUAGCAGCACCCUACACGCACGCACGAGCUCACGCGCUUAUUAACAAGCGAAAAUGGCCGCCGUCGCUCCCGCCCAAGCCCCCGCCGCCGCACCUCCCGCUCCUGGCCUCCAGCUGCUCGUGGAGGAGGUCAAGAUACUCGUCAAGCCCUUCAAGGCCGCCGUGCGUCUGUUCCCCCGCGCGGAGGCCAGCGCCAAGCGUCUCGCCACCCGCACGGCCAUUGACUGGGACGACGCGCAGCUGCUGCUGCAGUGCAUUUAUGACUACGUCCCGCACGCCGCGGAGGCCAGGAGCUUGGAUCCUGUCACCGUGCAGCAGCUCACGGAGCUUGGCGAUCGGCUCGAGAACACCGAGCUCGUCAUCGCCAACGCUCCGGGGAUAUCACUAACCGAGCAGGAGCAGGCCCACCGCGAGAAGCUCAAGAGGGCACGCAGCAGCAUCGAGGACGUGCUGGCGGACGCGUACAACGCCGGUGUGGACAACGACUGCCCCUUCAAGUCGUAUGACGACAUCAUGGAGGCAAUCAAGGUCGCCAUGCCCCGUGUCCAGGCUGCCGCCGCUGCACAGGCGGCCCGGCGGGCCCUCACCACCGCACAGGCUGCCGCGCGGGCCUCAACCGCCGCCUCCGCCUCCACCGCCGCCUCCGCCUCCACCGCCGCCUCCGCCGCCGCCGCCGCGGCGGCGGCAUCCUCAUCCUCCGCCGCCGCCGCCGCCAGCAGCACCUCCUCCGCGACCAGGCCCAGCGGCGGCUGCGGCGGAGCGCCGCACAAGGCCGCCCGGCCAAGCAUGCGCUGCGACGUCGGCGUGUACGACGCCACCAGCACCUCCACCGAGGAGGCAGCGCACUUCUGCGCUCAGACCAUGCCGCUGGCUUACGUGCUGGCAGUCAUCGCGGAGGGGGUGCUGGCGCUCCUGCCGCGUGCCAUGCUCAUGUCGGUGGAGGCCAUGAUGGGCGAGGACGGCGAGGAGCUGGACAGCAUGAUGGGCGAGAUGCGCCUCUCUGUGGCGAGGCACCAGACCCAGCCGGCCGCCGCCGCUGCAAUCGUCGAGGCCGCCGCCACGAAGGCUGCCCUCUUCCGCCGCCUGAAGACUGCUGGCGACGACACCGACGCCACGGGCGUGACCACCAGCAACGCGAGCUGCCUGGUGAAGGUGGUGGAGUCGCCCCAGACGGUCAGGGAGCGGGUGAAGCUCAAGGGCACCAACCCGGACCUCGUGCUGGCGCCCGACCAGUACGUCACACUGCGCGUCCUCAUCACGGAGCCACGUGAUGACAAGAACCGUGGCAAAUGCAUUACCGUCAAGCUGAAGAGCCUGGACGUGCUCGACCGCGCCUUCGAGGGCGGCAUCCGCGCGCGUUUCGGGAGCGCUUUCAACAUGGCGCGUGACCUGCAGGACGGCCGGCCCGGCUCCGUCACCAUUGCCAACGGCAAAAUCAACAUGCUCUCCGUCGACUGACCAGGUGGCCAAGCUCGUUGGACGCAAAGGAGCGUGGCUGGCGCUGGCUGCCGCAUGCUCGCCUGUUAGCGGGCAUGGCGCCUCCGUGAGAGUGCGUGUUGUGUUUCGAUGCUCUGGAGAUUAUGACUGGGAGAGCGCAGAGGGGAGAGCGCCACGGGCAGAGCGCAGUGGGUCCGUCGGGUGUUUGGGUGGGCUCUCACCGGUCGCUCCUGGUCCCACCUGCACACGCGACCUAGUACUAGCAGAAUAGCAAUGUUUGCACGCGCACGCCUUCUGGUCCCUUUAGAAACAGCUAGCGUUGGAGGCCAGCUGGUUUGGGCCGGAAGAAGUAAGGCAGCACUAUAUGCACAGCAGGGCCAUGCAUAUGGACGGAAGGUGUGGCAUCCUGAUUUGACAUGUCGAGCGCACGGACACGACAGUAUGCGGCCGGUGUUUACUAGGCUACCCGGGAGAGUGGAACUUGUAGGCAGCAGCAUGAGUAGUGCGGCCGUUCAUUUGUGCAGUAGUGUGGACUGGGUUUGUCCGGGAGAGCGGCACCGUAGCGUCAAGACUAUUGGCCCACGUUUCCCUUGUGUGAAUGCGGGCUGGGCGGACUGGCGGACACGCCGUAUGGCAUUGUGAGGCUGUAGCUGUGUAGGAUAGCGCGGCCGUUUGGCUUGGAACGCGAGUGCUUUUAUCGAAGAUGCUUUAAGGUAGCGAAAUACGCAUGACGCCAGCGUCGGAGCUAGCAGGCAAGGAGAGAAACCGGUCAGUAGCGCAUGCGAGUCCACAUAGGUACACACGUUACCUCCCAAACUGCCGAUGGACGCUGCGGCUGAUAUAAGUCGCCGCUGGCAGACUGUGUGGAGGCAUUCGGCUGCGCUGGCUAGGCUAACGGGGUCUGGCAGGCGGGGUGCCGGAAUGCUUGUUGUUGGCCGCGGGGUCUGACAGGAGCCGCAGUGUAACGCAACACGGCA